CAAUCCGGGUGUGUAUGACUGAAGAUUUGGGAUGUGCAGCAGUCUUCCUCUGUCUGUAACUAAAAUGUGUGAACAAGUAUGCUGAGGAGAACUCUGUGAAGAAGGUAGAGAUCAACAAGUCAAAAAGAUGUGGAAGUUCCAGAAAAGUUUGGGCUGUUUAUUCCUGCUCUGUUGCAUCUGCUUGACUAAAUGCCGGGUGCUGAAGUUUGUUGUAGCCGUGUUCCGACAUGGCGAUCGAUCGCCUAUUGAAUCGUAUCCCAAGGAUCCUCAUGGGGGGGACGUGUGGGCUCAGGGCUUCGGACAGCUCACUGAGCUGGGCAUGAAACAACAGUUUGAGCUGGGCAGCUUUCUAAGGAGGCGUUAUGGCAACUUUCUCAGCGAGGACUACGACAACAAAGAGUUAUACGUGAGGAGCACUGACUACGACCGCACUCUGAUGAGUGCCCAGGCCUGCCUUGCUGGGAUGUUCCCCCCAACCAGACGCCUGCCUCCCAUCAUGCCCCAGUUACUGUGGCAGCCCAUUCCAGUGCACACCAUCCCCAGGGCCCAGGACAAGCUGUUGAAGUCUCCAGGCAAAGACUGUCCAAGGUUCAGAGCACUGAUGACGGAGACCAUUGAAAGCGAGCACUACCAGAAGUUCCUAAGGGCUCACCAGUACUUUGUGGAGGGACUUUCUAACCACACUGGCUACCCCGUCUCCAAACUGGUUGUAAAAACAAUAUGGAGGGUUUACGACACUCUUACCUGUCAGAGGAUCCAUAACUUGACUCUCCCACGCUGGGCCACCCAAGAUGUUCUGGACACCCUGAAGAGAAUUGCAUCAUUUGAGGUCAUGUACAGCAUCCUCAGUCACAAGCGAAAAGAGAAGGCCAGGCUCUCGGGAGGUGAGGAGUCACAUUAG